CAGCGCUGCCCCUUCUCAGGGAAGGCGACAGAAGGGCACCGCGGCCUCCUUUUCCCCGCGAGUCCCAUUCGGCCACAGCCGAAGCCGGGGAGGGCACAGCGUGGCGGGGGCCUCUGAGGGGCGCGGCUGCGUUUCUGCGGCCUUGAAGGCGCCCUUCUCUAGCGGCACAGCCGGGCUCGGGGGGAGGCCAGGAUGUGCGCCUGUGAGGGAGCCGCCUUCUUCCUGGAAGGGGCGGGCGGCUGGCUGGCUGGGUGGACGGGUGUCCCUCAGCUCUCCCUUUAAAUGGGUGGAGGGGUGUCCCUCUCCGCGCCUUGGAAGGGAGAAGUCCCUCAGAGGCAGCGGCGUAAGUGGGCGCAGGGAGAAGUUUAACCCUCAUAUUAUUGUGGGUUUUUUGGGGGGGAGUCUCGUCACCUCCCUCUGUCUUUUGAGGGGGCAGCGACCCUCCUUAGGGGUCCCCAGACAACUCCCUCUUCAGCAUCUUUUCUUUUCUACCAUUCACUUUGGCCGAGGGCAGAUUGGGGUGGUGGAGAGGUGUUUUUAAAAUUUAUUUUAUUUUAUUUGUUUUCAAAACUGUUGGGGUUAUGGUGUUUUUGUGUGUUUUUUGCAUCUUUCCCCUCGUUUCUUUGGGGGGAGUGGCCGGGCAUAAGCAAGCCCCUUGGAAAGGGGGAGGUCUGGAGAGCCUAUUAAGCGAGACCGUCCCCCCACUCUUUUGUGGGUGCCUGUGAGCUGAGUUCAAGUGGAGCAGCUUCUCUUCCCCCAAACCAGCUCCCUUCACUGGGAGUUGAUUGUGGGGAGGCAGACCACAUCUCUCCCCCGCUUCCGGGGUCAGGGGUGAAACGGAACGUGCUUUUCCUGGGUCAGUUGGCUUCAGCUGGAAGAAACAGCAGAGUCCUUUCUGUGCCUUUGCUUCUUGUUGGGACUGUGCCCUUGCUAUGGAAGAUGAGCUGCCUUCUGCCAUUCUGGAAAUCUGCGUGUUGGUUGGAGUCCCCAGAGAAAAGGCAAAGGAAAUAUACCAGGUUGCCCAGAAAAAAGAUGUGGAAAGCAUUCCUCCCAUUGAACCAGAAGUUCUUUCUGUUUUCGUACCUCCAUUUAUCAGCAAGGAGGAGUUGCAAACAGCAAAUAUAAAUAGUAAUGCAUUUAAUAAAACAAAACGGCGUUCCUUUCGGAAAAAGAAAGAGAAAUCCAAGAUUGAAAGUGCAAGACCUCUGAAUGGGGCCCCGAAAGCUCCUGAGACUGAAGAUAUUAGUGUUCCUAAAGAUGUUGACCUUAAUGGAUUGCCACAGCUUUGCUUUCCAGGAGGAUUUAAUAUAACAUGUGAAUCCAGGGAGGACCACAUCCAUUUCCUAGUUUUCACAGAUGUCUGUGGUAACAGAACGUAUGGUGUUGUUGCACAGUAUUACCAGCCUAUGCAAGAUGGACACAUCUUCUCCAAUGGGCAAGUUCAGUGGGAAACUGGACAGGUCUCUAGAGCUGCUUCAUACUUUGUGCCAUUUGCUGUUUGUAUCAUAUCCAAGUAUCCAUACUUUAAUACCCUCAAAGACUGCCUGUCUUGCCUAUUGGUGCAGUUGAAGCCUUACAAGGAGUUAGAUGCCGACGACCAUAUAAAAGAAUUUGCAGCAAAACUGUCUUUGAUACCUAGUCCUCCUCCAGGACCGCUCCACUUGAUAUUUAACAUGAAGCCUCUCCAAGUAAUAUUUCCAUCUCGGGAGGAUCCUGACAGUCCGCUUAUUGAUUUGGAUCUACAUCUUCCCUUCCUAUGCUUCAAACCGGAGCAGGUGUUACAGAUAAUAACGUGCAUUUUAACAGAGCGGAAGAUUGUUUUGUUUUCUUCUGACUGGGCAUUGUUAACACUCGUAUCUGAGUGCUUCAUGAUGUACAUUCAUCCUAUUCAGUGGCAGCACACGUUUGUACCUAUUCUGUCUCGUCAGAUGUUGGAUUUUGUAAUGGCUCCUACAUCCUUCCUCAUGGGAUGUCACAUCGAUCACUUUGAAGAAGUUUGCAAGGAAGCUGAUGACUUAAUUCUAAUUAACAUUGAUAAUGGAGAUAUUGCACAAUCCAAGUCAUCUGAAGACGAGACUGAAAUUCCAGAUAUCCCAUUGCAGGCGGCAAACACUUUUAUAGCAAGGGUUGAAAAUCUUCAACUACACUACGAUCUAGAACUCUGCCACCUUGGUUCCUGUACAGACCUUAGUGAAAUUCAGUUGCGUAGGAGGAAUUGGCAACAGAAGUUGAAUUCUGAAAUUCAGCAGAUUACUCUGCAGUUAAUAGUCAAUAUAUUUAGGGAGGUGAAGGACCAUCUGAAUUAUGAGCACAGAGUAUUUAAUAGCGAAGAAUUUAUGAAAACAAGAGCAGUUAGUGAUCAGCCGUUUUACAAAAAGGUGUUGGAGACCUAUAUGUUUCACUCUUUCCUUAAAGCUCGCCUUAACAGAAGGAUGGAUGCUUUUGCUCGCUUAGAGUUGAGUACUGAAACUGAAGAAGACAGAUUAAGUUCGAUACUCAGUCCAAGGAGACCGACCAUGGAAAAAAUGGUUUCAAAAAGAUUUAAUCCUCAGUAUAUGAUCAGCAAGCGUAUGGGACUGAGUUUGCCUAAUCUGCAAGAGAUCCCGCCAAAGGAUGGCCCAGCAAGGCAUUCAUCUCUUCGGCGUAUCGACGUGACGCACGCUACAAGAUCAUCCUCUAAAUCAGUGAGCACCUUUAAGAUCCCAGAAAUCCACUUUCCUCUUCUGAGCCAGUGUGUCUGCUCUUACUACGUUGACUUUAAUAAUCAUCUCAGCAGAGCUAUCAAUAUUUUGUCCCCUGAUAACUCUGCACUUCUUGCAAGGUAUUUCUACCUUCGAGGACUUAUUGGUUUGAUGCAACGAAAGCUUCUGAAUGCACUUUCAGACUUCCAAAAUCUGUAUAAGACAGAUAUAAGGAUAUUUCCUACUGACCUUGUGAGGAAAGUGGUGGAAAUCCUUCCCCCUUUGGAGCGGUCCCAGGCAGAUCAGAAGCCAGAGCUGAAGAGGCUGAUAAGUCAAGUGAUGGAUAAGCAAAGGGAAAUAAGCAAAGUAGAUGACCGGGUGAAAAAGUUUCAGUUGCCAAAAACUCACAUGCAGUUGGAUGACUUUGUGAAGCGCAUUCAAGAAUCUGGGAUUGUCAAAGAUAUUGACACUAUACAUCGGCUGUUUGAUGCAUUAACAGUAGGUCAUCAGAAACAAAUAGACCCAGAAACAUUUAAAGAUUUUUACAACUACUGGAAGGAAACGGAAGCAGAGGCUCAAGAUGUAAGCCUACCACCCACUGUAAUAGAACGUUUAGACAAAAAUGAAUGUGUCUACAAGUUAUCAUCCUCAGUUAAAACUAACAAAGGAGUUGGAAAAAUAGCAAUGACUCAGAAGCGUUUGUUCCUUCUGACUGAAGGAGGUCAACCCAGCUACGAAGAGAUUGCAACUUUCAGGGAUAUAGAGGAAGUGAAGAGUACGACAGUUGCUUUUCUUCUUCUCCGGAUUCCCACCCUAAAGAUAAAAGCCGUGUCCAAAAAGGAGGUUUUUGAGGCAAACCUUAAAUCUGAGUGUGAUCUUUGGCACUUGAUGGUGAAAGAAAUGUGGGCUGGGAAGAAAAUGGCAGAUGAUCACAAGGAUCCUCAAUACAUUCAACAAGCACUUACCAACGUCCUUCUAAUGGAUGCAGUAGUGGGAGUGUUGCAGUCCUCCAAAAUCAUUUAUGCUGCUUCCAAGCUAUCUUAUUUUGACAAGAUGAAGAACGAAGUGCCCAUGAUGGUCCCCAAAACAACAGCAGAAACACUCAAGCACAAGAUUAAUCCAUCAGCUGGCGAAACUUUUCCACAGGCCGUGGAAGUCUUGCUUUACACACCAGGGCAACUUGAUCCAGCAGAAAAGAAUGGAGAUGCCCAUCCAAAAUUAUGGUGUGCUUUGAAUGGAGGGAAGGUGGUUGUGUUUGAUGCAUCUACAUGGUCUAUACAGCACUAUUUCAAAGUGGGGAACUCUAAACUAAAAUGUAUGGUAAUGGCAGAACAAAGUCAAGUCUGGAUUGGUUCUCAAGACUCCAUUAUCUACUUAAUCAAUACUCACAGCAUGUCUUGCAAUAAGCAACUGAAUGACCAUCGCUCUGAAGUUGUGGACAUUGUUUUGGAGAACAGAGAUGGUGUGUCCAGUGAGGCCUAUUCAUGCAGCUUAGAUGGAACAGUGAUUGCAUGGAACAUCAGCACCUUGAAAGUGAACCACAGAUUUCAACUGCCAUGUGAAACUCUAACUGCUAUCAAAUUCCAUAACAACAGACUUUGGUGCUGUAUAGGAAGCUGUAUUCUUGUUGUCACAACAAAUGGCUUUAUUUGGCAGACGGUAAAAAUGGAAGACAAUGUGAAUCUGGCUGUGCCCUUACUCUGUUUCCAAUUGUUCCCUGAGAGCAAUCAAGUGUGGGCAUCGUGUUCAGAGAGCACAGAAUUGUAUAUCUGGAAUAUGACUGAUCUCUCUACACCCUCUCAAAAGAUAAACUUGCAAGACUGUUCAGAGAUCACUUGCAUGAUAAAAGUGAAAAAUCAGAUAUGGGUUGGUGGCAGAGGACUUUCCCAAGGCAAAAUCAAAGGAAAGAUCUAUGUGGUUGAUGCUGAGAAGAAAAUGGUGGAAAAAGAAUUGGUUGGACACACUGAUGCAGUAAAAGCUCUCUGCUCCGCAGAGGACAGAUAUGUUCUUAGUGGUUCUGGAAAGGAUGAAGGAAAGAUAGCAAUCUGGAAGGUCGAAUAGAGUCCAGUGUUCCAGUUUCUUUAAUGCAAUGUUAAAACCUGGAUAUAGAGUGUGUGUUCCCUUAGGUCUUGUGCUUAUUUGAUUGAUGCUUUGGUGUUUUAACUUAUUCAGUGACUUUUCAGGGUAAUUAUCUUGCUGUUCUAGAGCAGAAUUGAAUUUAUAUUUAUUUCUGGUUAAAAUGACCAUAAACACACUGAGUAGGAAACUUGAAAAUGUAAUUAUAGAAAAUCAUUGGAUAAUUCUUUAAUAUCAGAUUAUAAAUGUCACUUGAAGUUUGUUGCUUGCUGCAUUAUAGAGUCAGUGGCACCUUGUCAUACUGAACCAUCUGGUCUGGGAAUUAUCAUUCUGUGCUUCCUGAAAGCAAACUUCCUGGCAAAGUUUGUUCAGCUCGUGAGAGUUUAUCUUGUUUGAAUGAUGAUUACUGCCGUAGAUUCCACAGGAUCUUUUAGAUUAGGUAAAUUGGUUCCCAGACGUCGCUGUUCUGGCUUCCUAUUGUUGACCUGAUCUCAAGCCUUGUGCAGAGUGGGUUUCCCCGAUUGAGAUGAAAUGGGGAAGCUUUGCAAGAAAAGGGUUCUCACUACAUUGUAGAGAUCAGCAGGGUAAGACAUGCCCCCCCCUUUUUAAAUGGUGCUGCAGUGCAUGAGUGUGAUGAAGUAAUUCCCCUGUCAAGGAUUGUGGUUGCUUGCUGUUCUGAAGGAGGAUAUUACUGUAAAUGGGGUUCUCAGUUCCCUAGAGGUAGGGUUGCUGUCAUUUGUUCAGCAUAUUCCAGUUAGAUGGAAGAGUUUUAUAUUGCAGCUUGGUUUUUUAAAGGUGCUCCCAUUUAAGUGCAAACAAAAUCAGUGCCGCCCUCUUUUACUUACCACAGCAUGUGCCUUCACAAAGUCUAUAGGUUACAUUGUCAGGUGCAUCACAAGAAAUGCUGACUUAAAGCAAGUGGCCCACUGAUAUGUUCUCUUUGGGAAAUGUUGACUUCCAGAGUCUGCACUUGCAGGUGAGCCCCCCCCCCCAUGCCAUUCUUUAAAUAUGUAUAGCUGAAGUAAUUCUGCCCACCUAAUUUUUAUGUAUAUGUAAUAAAUACAUUGUGGGUCUGAAGGAAACUUUUGAUAGUUCUGUCAUAUUGGGAAAGUGUGUUGAAUAGAAUUAUAAAAUAUUGUAAAGACAGAAGGUUUGCUAUUUUUGUAAAAGUUUAGUAAGAUUAGUAGAAAGUGUUAAAAUUGCUAUUUUCAUAUACUCUGUGUAUAACAGAAGGAUUUCAAUCUCCUAAUAAAACAAUGC